GGUCCAGCUGUAAUCUUCAAUUUAGCCUUUUUGGUCAGAGAAGCGAAAAAACAUAGUGUUUUUGUGUAUGUAUAUGUCAGUUACGUGUGUAUCUGAGCUGAGCUGUGUAGAGGAGAUAGAUGCCCCAACAAAAGUCCCAACUCCCAAGCAUAAAUUUUGCUGUUUUGUUUAAUUUUGCUGUUUGGUUUCUUGUUUGCAUUUCAGAGCUCAAAUGGGUCCCCCUGAAAGGAGUUAAUUUUAGGGCUUGAGUGAUUCUUCCCUUUUUCCCAUCUCCAUAUGUUUGGUACUCAAGAGCUUCUCACCACCAACUGCUGAAUUGUUCAGAUUUCAAGAUUUUGGCUUUCUGGGUUCUUGAUCUGAGAUUCUUGUCAUUUUUCAUAUAUAUGUAUGAGACUGCAUUUUUUAUAUGUCUAUGGACCAAACAAUUGAGAGAUCUCCUAAUGGGCUAAGGGUUUUCAGAGUUCAACCUCCAUUGGUUGAUUCUGUAUCAUGUUACUGCAAGGUGGAUUCGGGGUUAAAAACAGUUGUUGGGGCAAGAAAAUUUGUCCCGGGUUCUAAGAUAUGCAUCCAACCAGAUAUCAAUCCUCAUGCACACAAGACAAAGAACUCUCGUCGGGAGAGGAACAGGGUACAGCCACCACUUCUACCAGGACUGCCUGAUGAUCUUGCGAUUGCUUGUCUGAUUCGAGUCCCUCGUGUGGAACAUAAUAAACUUCGUCUAGUUUGCAAACGGUGGUUCAAGCUUCUAGCUGGGAAUUUCUUCUACUCUCUUAGGAAGAGUCUCGGUAUGGCAGAAGAAUGGGUAUACGUAAUGAAAAGGGACCGCGAUGGGCGAAUCUCGUGGCAUGCCUUCGAUCCAACCUACCAACUCUGGCAGCCCCUUCCGCCCGUCCCAUCAGAGUACAGCGGGGCCCUUGGAUUCGGCUGUGCUGUGCUUAGUGGCUGUCACCUUUACUUAUUCGGUGGGAAAGACCCGCUAAAGGGAUCGAUGAGACGAGUUAUAUUUUACAGUGCUCGGACAAAUAAAUGGCAUCGGGCACCGGACAUGCUCCGGAGAAGGCACUUCUUUGGCUCGUGUGUCAUCAACAACUGUCUGUACGUGGCCGGAGGCGAAUGUGAAGGGAUUCAAAGAACUUUGCGAUCCGCGGAGGUAUAUGAUCCGAACCGGAACCGGUGGAGCUUCAUUGCUGACAUGAGCACAGCAAUGGUGCCAUUCAUUGGGGUUGUGUAUGAUGGGAAAUGGUUUCUAAAGGGGCUUGGAUCCCACAGGGAGGUUCUGAGUGAGGCCUAUAUACCGGAAUCCAACGCGUGGAGUCCAAUAAACGACGGGAUGAUAGCUGGCUGGCGCAACCCGAGCAUCUCCCUGAACGGGAAGCUCUACGCUCUGGACUGCCACGACGGGUGCAAGCUGAGAGUGUAUGACGAGGGUUCGGACACGUGGAAUAGAUUCAUCGACAGCAAGCUCCACCUGGGGAACUCUCGGGCCCUGGAGGCUGCAGCCCUGGUGGCCCUGAACGGGAAGCUGUGCAUCAUCCGGAACAACAUGAGCAUCAGCAUAGUAGACGUGUCGAGCCCCGACAAACGAGUUGAGAGCAAUCCUCAGAUAUGGGAAAACAUAGCGAGUAAAGGCCAUUUUAGGAAUCUGUUCACGAAUCUGUGGUCGAGCAUAGCUGGGAGAAGUGGAUUGAAGAGCCAUAUUGUGCAUUGUCAGGUGCUUCAAGCGUGACUCAACUACCUACAUAUUCAACCCAAUCCCCUUCCCAUUAUUGUAAAAGAGCAAAAUAUUUGGGUUGGCCUUCGAUUUUGAGGUCCUCAAUCUUGAUCUUCAAGGCAAAACAAAAAAGAACAAAAAAAUUAUUUUUAUUUCUCGUAUUAUCUGUGUGCAUAUUUUUUCCCUUAAAUUAAUAGUCGAUUAAAGUUCAAUUUUA